UGGCCAUUCGUCUGUGUGAGAGGGGACAGCGAGGAGUCAGGAGUCGCACACAGUCGGUUAAACUUCGUUUUUAUCUCCCCCCCUCCCGCCCCGCCGAAUAAAUAUCAAAAAGUUUUUUCUUUUAACCCCCGGAAGGACGUGCAGUGGGCGACCUGUCAGCGUCAGACUGAACAGUCCUAGUGUGGAAGUGGCUCGGUGAACCCGACGCAACGAGCAAACUAAGAAAAACAAUAGAAAAAAUAAUAAUAAAACGGAGCAGCUUCGGCAGCUCCGUGUCCACUCGGGACACUGAAAUCAAGCUUGAAAAACCCCGGUGGAGAGGGCGGUCAAAUACACCAUAACCCGUAGUUUUUAUCUCACCGGGAACGAGUCAUAAACUAACGUGCUUCACUGUUGCUGUGAUUAACCGUAAAAAUUCAAGUGCUGCAAGCUAACCCCGGGCUAUCGUGUGGUUAUUGUCACUGCACUGUCGGUUAUCACGUUCUCGCUGUUUCGGUAAAGAGUGAAGAAUUGUUGGAGGAUGGCAUUCAACGGCGACGGACCUCACUCCAAGAGGCAGCGGCUCGAGGAGGCUGGCCACAGAAAUCACGAGUACAGUGGGUAUGGGGAGGAGCCCAGACGCAAGAGGGAAGACAAUAACAAGCCAAAUCACGUACUCCUGUUCACAAUAAUAAAUCCAGUCUACCCCAUCACAGUUGAAGUGCUGCAUGCAAUCAGCGCGCCAUGUGGCCAGGUACAGCGCAUAGUAAUAUUCAAGAAGAAUGGAGUGCAAGCCAUGGUUGAGUUUGACUCAGUUGAGUCAGCGACACGGGCCAAAGAGACACUCCACGGUGCUGACAUAUACUCCGGCUGUUGUACAUUAAAAAUUGACUUUGCCAAGCCGACUAAGCUUAAUGUUUACAAGAAUGAUGCAGAGAGUUGGGACUACACAACACCAAGUUUGGGUUCAAGUGGGCACCAAAAAGAACCGAGUGGCAAUGGUAGGCCGGCGCCACUUCUUGCUGAGCCGAGAUACGGUGCAGCUCCACAGCCAUAUGGUUCAACACCGCAAGUGACAUUUCCACCCGGUGCUGGGCAUGAUCGUUAUGAGGAGAGUUUCAACGGUCCAACAACGUAUGCUGAGCCAUAUGUCGAGAGGUAUGGCAUCAAGAGUGACUUUGCUGGUCGUGAACCACUUCAUCCUACACCAGCUAGGCCCGGUUAUGUACCGAGUCUUGGACAAAAUCCACCAACUAGUGCACAGGGCUCUGUCAUGAUGGUGUACGGACUGCAGUCUGAUAAAGUCAAUACGGAUAAACUAUUUAAUCUUUUCUGUCUGUAUGGUAAUGUGACCAAGGUGAAAUUCCUGAAGACCAAGGAGGGAUGUGCUAUGAUACAAAUGGGGGAUAGUAUAGCUGUGGAGAGGUGUUUGCAGAAUUUGAACAACGUCACUAUUGGCGCCGAGGGCAAGUUGCAGUUGGGCUUCUCUAAACAGGCAUUUCUCGCUGACGUCACAAAUCCGUAUAUUCUACCUGAUAAGACGGCUAGUUUCAAAGACUUUACUGGAAGCAAAAAUAAUAGGUUUCUAAAUCCAGCAAUGGCCAACAAAAAUAGGAUACAGCCCCCCUCGAAGAUAGUCCACUUCUUCAACACACCACCAGAUCUAACCGAGGACACAGUGAACCGUGUGUUCGUUGAGCGUGGAAUAGAGGCCCCAACGACCGUCAAACUGUUUCCCCUAAAGUCCGAAAGAUCGUCAUCGGGUCUCAUCGAAUUCAGCAGCGUUGGUAUAGCAGUUGCUGCUAUAAUGGAGUGCAAUCACACAGCGCUUGAAAACAGUAACGGUAAAUUUCCGUACAUAAUGAAAUUGUGUUUCUCAUCGUCGCGCACAAUACCCGCGAAUUUUCCACCCGGCGGUGGUGCUGGACAAAAUUCACCAAACAGUUCAGCUGGCAAUGGCCAUGUUUCGAAAAUGCAGCAAGACGGUGAAUAGAACGUCGAGGUAAUCCAGGGCCAAAAAAUAUACUACAAGAAUCAACGUCAGCGCAAACAACACUACAAUAUUCAUCAAUUGUGCAUGAAUACGGUAACACAGGCGGCAUUAAAUGAUACUAGUGUACAUUCAACGACAGCUGGUGCAACUGCCAUUGCCAUAUCGCCAGUGAUGCAAGCACAGCUACCACCUUCCUGUCAUCUUCUUAUCACAACACCGAGUUUGUAUCCACCGCCGCCACCACCACCACCACCACCACUUGCUGUACCACAGGCAUUACCACGUGCACAACUUCCAUUAUCCUCACAACCGCUGACCACAUUCUGGCCCUAUGGAUGAAUAAACAACAGGCAACUGAAAGCGUAAAACAGAGUAACGUUUAUAUUCGAUAUACUUUUUUUUCUUCUUUCCUCUCUGCAGUUUAUUUUUCAUUUUUUUGGGAAAGAGCGGAUAUGAUAGCGAGAGAGAGAGAGGGAAAGGGUUGGACCAAAAUCGUCGUAGAGAACCGCCCAGUGGGUCGAGUCCCCGUUCAUAUCUUGACGUUUUUUUUCGGGCUCUGUGGUCACGGACUAGAGGCUGAAAUUGCCAAACGAUAAGUGGCGAGUCUUUUUAAAUAUACAUAUCAAUGGUAAUCACUCUCACGAAUAACUUUUGUCGAUAGAAUCCGAAACAACGAAUGUUUCCUGAUUUUUUAAUCUCGAUUUUUCCGUGAACCUGGGUGAAAUGAAUAUUUUAAUAUUUAGUCAGCGUCUGUGACACGUGACUCGAAUGGACAACUGCCGAGUGCUAUUGGGGUUUUCAUCGGGGGAAUGUUUUCCGGGGGAAUACUCAAAUCAGAGGAAUUAUUUUGUUGGAAGUAUUUCAAUGCACGAUUGGUUGAUUGAAAACGGGAUAAUAAAUGUGGAUUUUUCGAAUCAUCUCUUGUUUCUCGGGUUAUACUACUCGUGGUUUUUUCUCGGUUUUAUUAGGAUUUUUUUUUCUCACUGUGCAAUUAUCUGAUGGCGAUGUAGACUCGGCGAUACAAUCCGACAACGUAUCGAAUGAAAAAUCCAAUCCACUGAUGAUUAAUUGAUCAAUCGAUCCGGGUGAUAAUGAAACUCGUCACAAAAUCGGUGUUAAUUUCCCCCUGAACAAACAAAACUGACGAAAUCUCGACUGCUAAUUAAUUAAGAACAAUUAAAAAUUUGUCACUCGGUGCUCAGUCCAGAGAAUGGCUGCAGUGUUCAAACAAAAAAUUUAUAUUAUGAAACGAGUACUCGAUUUAUCGGACAUGCGGAACAGUGAAUUGAAUUUUAUAUUGAGAAAACAAAGUAAAAAACAAAUUAACUGAAAACACGCAAUGACCUUGACGAUAUAAUAUAUUAGUAUCCCUUGGCAAUAUUUUGUCGGGUCAAGGGAUGUUUUUAUAAAAUGAAAAUAAAUGUAAAAAAAAUGAGAGAUAAAGAGAGAGAGAAAAAUUGGGGGAUUAACGUUUGAGGUGUUCCAUGUCAAAUGAGUCAGCUACUGACCCUUAGUCUUUUGGAAAUUGAUCUCGAUUUUUCUACGA